AUGUUGGACUACACCAAGCCCCUCAUGGGUCAUACAGAGAUCAUGGAACUGUUACUGGAGAACGGAGCCUCCGUCAACUUGAAAGAUAAUAAAGGAAUGAUUCCACUGCACUAUGCUGCCUGGCAGGGAAAGUCUGAGCCCGUGCAUAUCUUACUACACUGGAAGUCGCCAAGCAACGAGCAAGCCCUGGGUGGGGAAACACCUCUCCAUUUAGCUUGUCAACAUGGCCAUUUUGAUGUGACAAACCUUCUGCUGUUACACCAGGCCAGUCCUAUAACACUGAACAAGGACAAGAAAUCACCUCUAGAUCUUGCUUGUGAAUUUGGCAGAUACAGGGUAGUAGAUUUGUUACUGAGGAGUAACUUAUGUUCCCCACUGCUUGUUGGUAACCUCAAUGACAUGACAGAGGGAAAAUCUACGUGCCUUCAUCUAGCUGCCAAAAAUGGUCAUAGUGAUAUUAUAAGCAGUUUACAUUUUAAUUUUGUUGCUCUUGCCAGUUUUCAUAGAACUAUAUGUGAUGCAGGAAAGUAUUUGUUGGGUACGUCAUGUAUGCCAUGUGCACGAGGAACAUACAAAGAGAACGUUGGCGAUGCCAGGUUUGGUAACUGUUCAGAUUGUCCAGGGGCAAAUACAACUGAGAGUACCGGGGCAGAUCGCAGUGCUCUUUGUAAUAUACAGAAAUGUGAAGCUGGGGAAUACCUUGAGAAUAAAGCGUGUAAAAAAUGUGAACUGGACACCUACUCAGAGGUUGUUUAUCCAGACUCUAGUGUUAAAUGCAUCGCAUGUGGAACUAUCAAUGGCGUUGUUUAUGGAACUGAAAACACAGGGGCAGAUAACUCUUCCCUUUGUAAACCAACUUGUCUCGGAGGGAAGCAAUUUGAUUCAGCAACAAAUAGAUGUACAGAUUGCCCAAUAGAAUCAUUCAAAGGAGAUGAUGAUAGGUUUGGUUCAUGUACAUUGUGUGAGACAGUGAAACCUGGAUAUGUAUCAAGUGUUGCUGGAGCUAAAACCAGUGAUCAGUGCGACUUACGUAAUUGUCUAGCUGGUGAAAAGAUUGUUGGUUCAAGCUGCGUGAAAUGUGAAGUUGGAACAUACCAAAGUGAACCAAGGAAAACAACAUGCACAGAUUGCGGAGAAAACCUCAGCACUGAUGGAGAGGGGAAAACCAGUAAGGAUGAUUGUCAGAUUGAAUGUGGUCCUGGCCUUCAAGGAAGUGAUAGCUGCAUACCAUGCCCACUUGGAACAUUCAAGACUGUGAGUGGAUACGCUAACUGCCAAGACUGUCCUUUAGAUUUUACAUCAAAUGAAGCCCGAACAGAAUGUGAUGUUGUUUUCUGUAGUGAAGGUAAGGAGCAUACUGUUAGUGGAUCAACAGAAAGUUGCAAGGAAUGUCAAGGGGGCUUCUUCAAGGAUCAGACUGGAAACAACAUGAAAUGCACACAGUGUCCAACAGGUUCCACAACAAACGGCACAGGACAAACAGCGUGUGAUCUAUUGAACUGUGUACCAGGAAAAUACAAACUAGGAUCCAAAUGUGAAGUUUGUCCAGUUGGAACAUACAAGAGUGAUCCUGGAAACCAGGAGUGUACUGAUUGCGCAGAUAAGACAACCACCGGUGACGUGACUGGUGCAAUAUCAAGCACACAGUGUGACACUGUGAUUUGUGAUCCUGGAUCAUACAGACAAAAAGAUCAGAAGUUAUUAUGUACACCAUGUGAGAUUGGCAAAUACCAGCCUUCUUCUGGAGAAACUAGCUGUUUGGACUGUCCAAAUGAUGAAAUAACUCUUGGAACUGGAAAAUCCAGUAUGGAUGCUUGUGUCCCCGAGUGCGAGGCAGGUCAGGAAUACAACUCCACUACUAAACAAUGUUUCCUUUGUCCAACUGGAACAUUCAAGGUGUCUGUUGGUAACACAGACUCUUGUCAAAUGUGUCCCAAAGACAAGACUACAGCAGGACCAGGUGGUAAAGCUGAGGCUGAAUGUUCACAGAACAAAUGUCCACCAGGCAAGUACUUUAAAGUUUCGGCCGACAAGAUUGUUGAAUGUUUCGAUUGCGAAAUAGGGACAUACAGUGACCGGGAGAUGCAGGCGAGCUGCACAGAUUGUCCAAAUCAAGGAACAACUCAAAGGAAUGGUACUGACUCUGAAGAAAUGUGUAUAAAGGCUUGUGCUGCUGGAUAUGGUUACAGAACAGAUAUUGGUGAUUGUGAGAUCUGUCCAAAAGGACAGUACAAUGAUAAAAAGGGACAGAAUCCAAACAGCUGCAAGCAGUGUCCUUUCGGAAAAACUAAUUCUCAGUCUGGAUCAGGUUCAUGCAAUUUUCUUGAUAUUAAACCUCCUGUUGAUCAACGUAUAAAUCUGAUAGUUGUAACCACAGUCAGAGUUGCCUUAGAUACGUGUGACACUACAGCAGCAAUUGAUCUGAUCAAGGAAAACUUUUUAAAGCUCGUGCGAAAUGUGUUCCUAAUGUUAACCAAUCAGUGCUACAAUGGGUCACAGAGAUAUUGCAGAGGAACGAAUUGUGACAAUAUUGUCUUUGCAUCAUUAAAUCCAACUUGUCAACAAAUAACUGGAGGCAAACGGGACAUAUCUCAUGAACUUUCAUUCGAGCUUCAUUUACAAAAUAUUAGUGAAUUUAUAACAGAUGAAUGUGAUGGUAAUGCAAACGUCACUGCUGUAGAAGUUAUUAGCCAGAUCUUAACACUUUACAAAGAAGAGUUAACUGACAUUGAUUUGGAGAUUAUCUUCAUGAGCUUUGAAAAUGUCACAACAGUAGACUUGUGUGGUUUGGGAGAAGAGCUUGUAAAUGGGAUAUGUACAUCGUGUCCAGCAGGCAAGUAUGGAUCCUCUGUUGGAACUUGUACAGCAUGUGCAGCCAACACUUACCAGGAUAUGACCGGCAAGACAGAGUGUAAAGAUUGUCCAGACAAAUCAUUCACAGAAUCCACAGGCUCUACAUCUGAUUCUCAGUGUAUACCAAUCUGCCAGGCAGGAAAUGAGUUUGACGGUGCAACAAAGACCUGUUCUGAAUGCAAGAUUGGAUUUUUCAAGGUGGAGGAAGGAAAUGAUCAGGCAUGCACAGCGUGCAUCUCUGGUAAAACCACUGCACGUAAAGGUUCCACUUCAGCUGAUGAUUGUUCUGAAACUCUUUGUCCACCUGGACAGUAUUUUAUCACUGACGCAGACACAGGAGUUGUCAGCUGUAACUCAUGUGAGAUUGGCAAAUACAACCCUAAUGUAAUGGCAGAUUCAUGUAUACAGUGUGAUAGUGGUAAAACAACACAAGAGACUGGCAGAAAAUUUAAGAGUGAUUGCAUAAAAAUUUGUCCAUCUGGUAGUGGGUAUGAUACAGAUGCAGGAGAUUGUUUGAAUUGUCCAAAGGGACAGUACAAUGAUGGGCUUCAACCUCGUCCAACUAUGUGUAAAUAUUGUCCAGACAACACCACCACAUUUAAAGCUGGAGAGUCUUCCUGCACUACUGUGGUUACACCAGUUCCUAGGAAAUUAGUGAUUAUCAGAAAGAUUAUGAUCUUUGCUAUUAGCAUUGACAAUUGUGGCAGCACUGAUUCGUUAAAUCUGAUCUUAACAGGCAUUUCAAGCACUAUAAAGCAGUUGUUUAUCAGAAAUCGAAAUGAAAAAUACAAUGCUUUACAGUCCUUCUGUGUUGGCGACUGCAUUAACUUGUCUGUAAGGUUCCCAAAUAAUAACCCAGCUUUAGCGUGUAGACUGAAGGGCUCUGGACGUAGGAAACGAGCAACAACACAUGAAGUGGAUGUAGAGCUUGAAUUCAAUAAUGUAAGUGAGAGUACUGUGGACACACAGAAUAAUGCUGCCUUGUCAACCAAAGAAGUCAUCAAUCAGAUUAUUAAUAACAACAAAGACGAGCUUUCACCGGAACAAGACCAGAUAGAAUACCAAAGUGAUGCUCCAUCUGUGGUCAGUGUACUGUGCAGUGCUGGUGAAGAAUCUGUAAAUAAUGAGUGUGUUAAAUGCAGUGCUGGUCGGUAUGGUACGGAUGGAGUGAGUUGUGAGUUGUGUCCAGGAGACACAUACCAAGAUGAGUCAGGCCAGUCCUCUUGCAAGAAUUGUCCAGCAAAAACAUUCAAUGAUGCUGAAGGGGCAACCAGCUCUUCACAGUGUAAAUCAUGGUGUGUUAACAACCCUGGUUACUGUAACAAUAGAGGUAUAUGCUCAGACACCGGUCGACGUACAGCAUCCUGUAGUUGUUAUGACAAUUAUGAGGGGGCACAGUGUGCAUCUAAAAAAGAACCAACUUCAAACAUGCCAGCCAUUUUGGGUGGAGCUAUUGGUGGAGGCGGAGCUCUACUCAUCAUAAUUCUUAUAAUUGUGGGAGUAUUCAUGAGAUGCUCAAGAGAUUCGGCUUCAGAAAGGAAAACGAAGCAAUAUUAUGAUCCUGAAUAUAUCCACAAUGGCGCAUAUGAUGGAACGUAUGAUAACUUCGGAUACCAUGGGGGUCAGGCACGUCCAGUUGCUCCAUACCCAUCAGUUGGUUACCCAGCAUUGGGGUACAAGCCAGACCAGAGUUUCGAAGAAGGGACAUAUAGCCGACCAUACAAAUACCGCCCAAGCAUUGAGGGAGAUGACAUGGGUCGACCAAAUGAUGAUUCUCACUUUGUAUGGACUGCUUAGAAACUGUGAAAGAUAGAAACUUGAAAAUCCUUGUUGUGCACUAUUUGAUGUUGAAACAACAAGUGUAAAACCUUCCUUACAUUACGAUAAAAGUUGUAAAUACACUAAUAUUAUCAUUUUAACUUACAAAGAUCAAAAAUUAUUAUCAAAAAUAUUACUAUGUAUGUUGAAUGAGGAUGUAUUUUGUUACAAUUUUUGUGCAGCACACAAGUUAAGUUUGAAAUUGAACAUAAAGUUUUUAACCAGAUGCUGUUAAACAUUAAAAAUGGAGCAUUAUGCUAAAGAAUUUCUAGAUGUGAACAUUUUUAUUUUGUGAAUGCAAUAAGAACAAUUAGAAGAUUGUAUUAUUGAAGAUGACAGCUUGAUCAUAAGAAACUUUUUUGGAAGGGAUGAGUGUAAACUCUUAACAAUUUCACUUCAAGAACAACAUAAUAUGUGCAGGUAGCUUGCAGAAUCGUUCAUUUUGCCAAAUAAUCAUAUUCUACUUGGGGCACAGCUUCAAGAUGCAUGUAUAUUAAAAGAGCUUUUCUCUAAGGCUGUUUGCUUAGUUUGCAGAAGAAUUCUUGAAAGAAAGGAUUGUUAAACAAAUUCAUCCUGAAAGUUAUAUAUCUAUAAAUUUAUGUAUAAAGUGUCAUAAAUUGUAUAUUUUCUAGCCAUUACUUUUUCAUACAAGCAUAUUUCAGGGCACCAGCAAUAAAAAGGAUUUCACAAUUUUGGAUGUUAUUUUUAAAUUGUUUAAAUGUAACAAAUAAUUAUAGUUUUGAAUUUGGCAUAAAAGUGGCUAUGAGUGAUAAUUCAAUUGUGCCAUAGUUCUUAAAAUCAUUGUGAAGUUUUUCAAAGUUUUGGGAAUUUUACCUUUCAAGGAACUGUAGAUUUUGUUUAUUUUUACUUUUAGCAAAGCAGUUCCAAUGUCCCUGAAAUCUGUUUGUACCUAGUACAUGUAUACUCGACUGAUCUAUGAAAUGUUAGUAUGAUUUAUGAAGUAUGUUUGCAUAUGUUUGUUAUUUUAUUUUCCUUCUUAAAAAAAACUGCACAUUUUACACUCCCUACUUUAAGGCAGUGAGUAAAACUUAAGGCUUAUCUAGUACUAUCUACACACACAUAAAUUGUCUUUACACUCAAAAUGUCAAGAUUUUUGUGCACAUUUGGCAGCACAAGCAAUAUGUGUCAUGGUUUAAUGAAUGUCACAUUAUUAAUGUCAACAAUACUGAAGAUUGUCAAAAUGGUAAUGCAGCACUGUUGAUGAAUGUCAAAUGACUUAUGGCAGCAGUCCCUGUAAUUGUCAAAUGGUUAAUCCCAGCAGUACCAAUGGAUGUCAAACAAUUAGUUUCAACAGUACUGAUGAAUGUCAAAUGAUUAAUGCUAUCAGUGCCCAUGAAUGUCAAAUGACAAAUAAUUAAUGCCAAUAGGACUGAGUCACUGAUGAAUGUCAAAUGAUCUACAAUAUCAGAACUGAUGACUGUUAGAUCCAGUCAACUUGUGACAUACAUAAAACAUGUACGUGAUCAUUGAUGAACGGUGAACAUAAUUUAUGUUUGUGUACAAUUGGGUAAAGAUGAGAUAUAUAUUUUUUAAAGAAAUAUAUGUUUUAUUUAUUAGACAAUGAUUUUACCAUUAAUAUACCCAGAUAUGUCUGUAAUAUUUGCUUCUUUUAGAAAAAUCUGUAUGGCUGAAUCUUGCAGAAACCAAAUAAUUCAGAUAUGAGGCAGCAGAAAAUAACUGUUGGAUACUAGAUUUAUUUGUUCACAAAUUGUCAUUAAAAAGUCAUUAUCUUAAAAUGAUAAAGGGUUUUUCCAUAGUUAUUUACAAAUUUAAUAUGGACAAUAAUUGCUUAUUUUGAUGAAAAAGGGAUUGUUUCAAAAGGAUGUAAAUGACAGGUUUUCUGUUGCCUGGUUUAAUGGUAAAGUUGCAGAAUUUAUUUUGUUUGACUGACUGGUGGUUGAUAUAAAAGUUUUGUUUUUAACAGUUUUAAAUGUCUACUUACUGUUACUAUAGCUCUGUGUUCACAAAUUCUAAUCUAGAUUCUCAAAAAUAUUGUACAAAUUUUACUAUGUUUUUACCAUAUAAAAUAAAAUGUAUAUUUUAGUACUCU